GCCCAUUGAAUGGCAACCCCCUUCCAUAAGUAACUUAUAAGUACUCUUCCCCACCUCACAUUGUCACCUUCUUCUUCUCCAAGGUCUUGUCUUUUUGAUGGAGAGAUUACCAGUGGAAAUCCAUCUCAAGAUUUUCUGUUUCUUGGACCAUCAGAAUCUUGCCACUGCUCAUCAAGUAUGCAGGAAAUGGAAGGUGUUAGCCUCAGACAACUAUGUUUGGUCCAACUUAUUCAAGGAGAGAUGGGGAGGAGAUCGUGCUGCAUCAUUUGUUCUUGGGGAUUCAAGAUCAUGGAAAAAGAAGUAUGAGAUCGAAGACCGUCGUGAUCGCGUUGGAAUGAGGGUGAAGAUAAUAAGAGAAGGCGGGGAUUAUUAUCUUGUUCGCCGAGGUGAGAUCCAACGCUAUUUGGGUUCAAGAAAGUCUUCGAGUUUGAAAAGAGAAGCGAGUGCAAAUGGUGACCUGAACGAAGAACAAUCCUGCCGUGGGAUUUUGGACAAAAUUCUUUUCUUUAUUGGGGACCUAGAAGUUGCUUCAACUGAGGCAAAACGUGGCCGAGUGAUUUGAAUACUCUGGAUGCUCAUAAAAGCCACAAGGUUCAUGACGUUUUACUGUAAACUUGCUCUGUAAUUUAUUGAUGCAUUCAACUAUAUAUUGUGAUUUGUUGUAACCCAUAGCAACUGAUUGGUAUAGUACGUCAGUAUGGUAUGAGUAUGUAUAUUUCAAUAGUAAUAGAAAAUCUCACAAGUUGUUCA